AUGUUAUUCAAAUCAUUAAUUUCAUUAUCAAAUAAAAAUACCACCUUAAAUUCAUCUUUAAUUUCAAAUCAAACAAACAAUGAUUGUAAUGAAUUUAAAAAUGAAAUUACAAACAAAAGUUCUACUGCAUUCUUUACAAGACCAAACUUUGUAAACUAUUAA